AUGAGUGCGAUAGCAGGAGAGGUGUCCCAGGCCCGGUUGCGCAACCGAAGAAUCAUUGCUACCAACCAGAUCAUGUCGGGGUUGUUGGACAACAGUGUGGGAAGGCCCCUAAGAGGCCCCCUGGAGUUCCGAAUCCAUGGAUUCCACCACGGGUCACAAAGUGCUCUUGGAGGAACCUCUUUUGGGAGCAUGGUGGUCGGCUUCGUGAGACACGGGUUUGUGGAGGAGGACGAGCAGCGGUCCCUGAUCAGGUGCUUGGACAGCGCCCGGCUGGGAGUGGAUACGUGCCUAGUGGACGGAUUGGAGGCGCUCCGAGACCACCUGAUGUCGUACAUAGAGGCAGUUGCCGUAUCCCAGGCCGACGAUUUGGAGCUGGUUGAGGGGGCGAUGCUGCUAAUGGAGCAGCUGUCCCUGGCGCUAGGGACCGUUACCGUGUUGCCUGCCGUACGCAAGACCCGAAACUCAACCUGCCCGGGACCGCGUGCCAGCUCGAGCCACAUGGCGGACUCGGACUCGGCGUCGCUCUCGAUGUCGUACUCGGUGUCGUUGUCUGGCGAGGGCCGCGAAGAGCUUCUGGAAGCGCCACAGGAGGCGGUGGCGGACGGACGUUUCAGCGGGCAAUGGCAGGUGCUCGUCACAACUGGCGGUGGUUGGCCGUACGGCAGGUUGCAGUAUGUGCCCGUCAUUGAGCUCUUGGAUAUUUCAGAGGAUGGCCGUACUUUCCGUUUGGAGUCCAAGGCGGGUCCUCUCUACCUGGUUGCCGCUGGGGAGGUGGCGUGGGGUGACUCGGGGAGGCGCGGGAGGGAGGAUAACGGCGACCACAGCCACCCUAACCAACUCGACCGCCUUCACUUGCAAUACCAUGCAACCGAGUUCCGAGUGGAAAUCCUGGGAAGGUCCCUCGCCCUCCCACCGCCCACCCCGGAUAAUGAGCUGAGGGUGUUUGCACUGGCACCUUGUACGGCACUGGCGAGGAGUACGGCAGGGGGAAUGCAGCUAAUGGCACGGCCUGCUUGA